AUGUCGAACCUUACCGACGUACUCACAAACUCACAACAGCGGACGCUGGCGCCCGCGGCCGUGGCCUCUCAGGUCGGAAUUAUGUCUGCCGUAUCGCUCGGCACUAUCAUUGCCUUCAAUAUCUUACGCCCAAACAACAAGAUCAUCUAUGAACCCAAAGUCAAGUACCAUGUCGGCGACAAGGAACCCCCACGAAUGUCCGACUCCAUUUUCGGUUGGAUCCCUCCUGUAGUACGGACAAAGGAACCAGAACUUGUCGACAAAAUCGGUCUUGAUGCCGCCACAUUCCUUCGUUUUCUCCGGAUGAUGCGAUACAUGUUCUCGUUAAUCGCCAUCGCAGUCUGUGCUGUCAUCCUUCCUGUCAACAUCGUCUAUAACCUCAAGAACGUGGCUGCGGACGACAGGGAUGCUCUCUCCAUGAUGACCAUUCGGGACGUCGGCGGAAACUUCCUCUUCGUGCAUGUUGGAAUGGUUUACAUCAUAACACUGAUCGUCUGCGGAGGGAUCUGGUAUAAUUGGCGAGAGAUGGUCCGACUCCGGCGACAGUGGUAUCGAUCACCGGAGUACGUGCAGUCGUUCUACGCACGGACGUUGGCUAUCACCAAAGUGCCGAAAAAGUUACAGUCAGACGAGGGCAUUCGAGCUAUCUUCGAGAGUGUACAGGUUCCUUACCCAACCACCUCCGUCCAUAUCGGACGUCGCGUCGGACGUCUACCGGAGCUGAUCGAAUUCCACAAUCAGACUGUUCGUGAACUCGAGCAGAUUCUGGUUAGGUAUCUGAAGGGUGGGAAACUGGCGAAGGAGCGGCCUAUGAUUCGGCAUGGCGGCUUCAUGGGAAUGGGCGGUCGCAAGGAGGACGCCAUCGACUAUUAUACCUCACGAACGCAUAGUGCAAAGCUUCAACGAACGGAACGGGCUGUCGAGGAAGCCCGUGCCCAAAUUGAGAACCGCAAGCCGGAGAACUACGGCUUCGCAUCGAUGGCUGCUGUUCCCUAUGCCCAUAUCGUUGCUCAAAUGCUGGAGAAGAAACACCCAAAAGGCACCUACAUCGAGUUGGCACCUAAUCCCAAGGACAUAAUAUGGGAUAACUUGAAUAAAUCUCCCUCCGAAAUCGUCAGGAAACAGACAAUGGGUUGGAUCUGGCUGUGCCUCGUCUGCUUCAUUAACACAGUGCCUCUGUUCAUCAUCUCUCUUUUGGCCAACUUGUCUUCUCUUACGGCCUACGUCACCUUCCUCGACGAGUGGCAGACCGCCUCGCCCAAGUCUUUCAACGUCAUCUCUGGUGUCUUGCCAUCCGUCGUUUCUGCCCUCUUUGGGUUCGUCUUGCCGAUCAUCAUGAGGCGGCUGUCGAAGUACAUGGGUGUCUCAACGAGUUCGAGGCUGGAUCGAGCGGUGCUGGCGAGAUACUUUGCGUUCUUGAUCAUCUCUCAGUUGAUGGUCUUCACGCUUAUCGGAGUCAUAUUCAACUCCGUCAAGCAGAUCGUGGUGCAGAUCGGCAAGCACAAGAGUUUCCAGGACAUUAUUAAUAAUCUCGACACGUUACCGGCCACAAUCAACUCGACCUACAUCGAUCAGUCGUCGUACUGGCUCACCUUCUUCCCUCUGCGUGGUCUCUUGGCUGUGUUCGAUCUUGCUCAAAUCCUCAACCUUGUUUGGAUCUCAUUCAAGACCCAUGUUUUUGGUCGUACACCUCGUGAUAUCCGGGAAUGGACUAAACCGCCAAACUUCCGAUACUCUAUCUACUACUCCAACAUUUUGUUCAUGGGCGCCAUCGGUCUGGUCUUUGCACCGCUCGCACCGCUCGUCCCCGUGGCUUGUGCGGUCGUCAUGUGGAUUAGCUCCUGGGUAUACAAAUACCAGCUUAUGUUCGUCUUCGUCUCCAAAGUCGAGACUGGUGGCCGGAUGUGGAAUGCUGUAGUCAAUCGUAUGCUCGUAUCGCUCAUGCUGAUGCACGCUCUGAUGGUCUUGACUAUCGGCCUCCAGUACGGUUGGAGAUCUUUCGCAUGGAUCGCGACGAUCCCUCCGUUCGCCAUCGUCCUACUGUUCAAAAUCUACAUCGACCGCGUCUUCGUCAAGCGUUUCCGGUACUACGUCCCUACCGAACAAGAACUUCUCGAAGCCAAGGUCCAUUCCGCACGCGCCGAUAGCAAGGGCAACCGUUUGGAGAAGAGGUUCGGUCACCCUGCGUUGCACGCUGACCUCUUCACGCCGAUGUUGCAUGCGAAGUUGAUGCCGCUGUUGGCUGAGGUGUAUAAGGGCAGGCUGAAUAACAAGACGACGAAGUUGGACGAGUAUGGUGGACAGGCUAUGGAUGCCCAGGUUCUUCCUGGUGGUCUCACUAUUGCCGCUAUCAACCAGCACGACUUGGAGUACGAUCCCGCUCAAUACCAACGCGACCGUGGAGAACUGGAUUGGGACGCUCGUUCAGGUGUCACCGCGUUCUCGGAUGGGGCCUCCCUCUACCCUGCGAAAUCAGUCCACGGCUUCUACGCCAACGAACGCUCGGCCUCACCCGCUCCUUCCCUUCCUCGUGUACCAGGAUACAAUCAGUACAUGCAACAUGGGCCGAUGGGGUCUGCGUCGGAGAUCGAGCUCGCGCGACUUGACGAUCAACAGCCUCUCCUACCGAGAGCUCCUGGGCUGGGUUAUCCUGCGAACAUAUUUGCCACAGCAGCAGCAACAACCUCCGCAGCGAUAUCUGUCACCGUCACCGCAGAUGGGAUAUCCACCGCAGGCCGCACCGAUGUAUGGGAAUAG